AUGUCUGACGAAUGCGACAGUGAGGAGCAUUACUACAGUGGCUCCGAUGAAGAUGACGAGUCCAACGAAUCCGACUCUGAUGACGCGAACCACGGCCUGCUAGACCUGGAGGCUUCUGAAGGCAGCUCCGACCCAGAGUCUGACGCCGACCAGUACUCAGAUGAUGGCAGCUACGUCGAGUACAGCUUCCCCAAGUUCAUGCAGCUGCCUCCUGAGAUCCGCGAAAUGGUCUGGGGCGCCUUCUGCCCUGACCUCGGAUCGGAGCCGCGCGUGUUUGAGCUCCACCUGCGCACAGUCAUCUCUCCCCCGGGCGCCGUCCACCUCCCCAAUAUAGUGCAAGGCAUCGUGGCCGGCCCGCAGCUUGAGAGCCAGACCAAGCCGGUCAGGGCUGUCCUGGCCGUUCACCGUGAAAGCCGGGAGCUGGCACUCAAAUCGGCGCCUCAUGAGCUCUCGUUGUCAGACGGAGAACUCGUGCAUUACCAUGAGGAGCGGGACGUCCUGUUUGUUGCAUGGACAGAGGAGAUCCUUCUCCGCGGAAUAGCUCUGCGGUUUCAAGAGCUGGGCAUCGAGGCGCAGAAUCUCGCCUUUCCAUCCGACAUAACUUCCGAAUACGGCGAGGACCUCGCAGAUCUGAUGUACUUGCUUCCCCAAACGAGAAGGCUCUUCCUCCUCGAUGAGGAGGAGAGUAUGCAGGACGAAAGCAUGAGUAUUCGGGAUUAUGCCUGGACCGUUGCGGACAAGGUCCACAAAUACCACCUUCAUGCGGAAGAGGAGUCAGAUAUUGGGUUCUUGGUUCCUGCCAACCGCAUCAUUUGUUGGCCUGAUCUCGACAAUCACCGUGAGUUUGCCGAAGAGCACGUUACGGAUCCAGACGGAGAUUUUGUGUUGUGGAGUACAGUCAACGACUACCGUCACCGUCUCCGGAACCCUCUCGAGGACUCGCGAGAGCUGAAUCAGGAUUACCUCUCCGAUGAAGAGAAGACUGAAGCCAUCGGUCGACUUCGGAGUAUCGAGGUUUGGCCCAUGGUCAGGUUCAACUUUAGGGAGGGUUUAAAUCGAUUCAACUACAUCGAGACACGGGCCCGGUCCUUUCCAGACCAGAUGUCCGAGUCGGAAAGCCCCCGCAACUUCAUCCACAUCCCGGAUGAGUAUGAGAGCGAUGGGAUAGACGACGACCCCAUUGAUGACUCCACCUCCGUCGAUGACUAUGACGAGAUGCUCGCCCAAAACCUCGCCCAACAAUUCUUUCAACCGCAUGGAUCUUCCGGUCAGCUUGACAACUCUUCUGAAAUAGACGAGCUGCCUCCAGCCAAUUUUUCAAGUGAUGAGGAGCCCGAGGAGCCAGAUCAAGUCACAUACGUCUCCGACUCGGAGGACGGAUCGGCAUCGCAGACACGCGCGGCUCGAGCGAUGCGGCGGGUAGUGGAAUCCGACUCGGAAGGGAGUGCUACAGAGGCACAGUCUCCUCGGCCUUCCAAACGGCGCUCGCGUGCCGCUAUUUCGGAUUCGGAGGAUAAUGAAGAGGAUUCAUCGGAUGCAGGGCCAGUGAGAGGAGCCAAUCGGCGAGCGAGGGCUAUACCAAUCGAUUCCGAAGAUGAAGAUGAACAGGACGGUGAUGACGCACCUCAGCCCUCCCGCGCUGACCGCAGACGCGGCCGUGUAGUACCUAUUGACUCGGAUGACGACGAUGAUGAGGAAGGGUCACAAAAACCAUCUGAGGGCAGGAAGUCGCGCCGGCGAGUUGUACAAGAGGGAUCCGACAAGGAGGGUGAAGGCGACGACAGCGAUUCUCAGGGUGGUGGUGCCAAGACGAAAGAAUCUGGCUCUUCCGACGAGGAGGAACAGAGCAGCUCGGACGAUGAAGACGAUGACCCCCCGCCGCCGAAGCGGAUGUCGCUUGCGAAGCGACUCCGCAUGGAGAGCAGGCAGGACCAGUCCCGACAUGUCGACCACGACUCCUCCGAAGCAGAUGGCAUGAAUGGCGACGGCUACGACUACAGCGAUGACCAAGAGGACGAGGUGGACAAGUCAGACACUGAAUUGUUCGAGGGCGAGGACGGCGAGAGCGAAGGGGGAUACUGA